AUGCUUGAGGCUCAAGUUCAGCAAGCUAAUUUGUGGAAGCGACUCGUUGAGUGCAUUAACGGUCUUGUGAAUGAGGCAAAUUUUGAUUGUAACCCUGGUGGUCUUUCUAUUCAAGCGAUGGACACCAGUCACGUUGCUCUUGUGCACAUGCUUCUUCGUGAUGACUGCUUCACAAAGUACCAGUGCGAGCGCAACAGCAUUCUUGGUCUCAAUCUCGCCUCUCUGUCGAAGGUGCUGAAAAUCAUUGAAGCCUCUGACAGCCUGACGCUGCGCCACGAGGAUGACUGCGAUGUGGUCACCCUUACCUCUGAAAACGUUGACCGGAGCCGUAAGUGUGAGUACCAGCUGAAGCUGCUGGAGAUCGAGGCGGAGGCGAUGUGCAUUCCGCAGCUGGACUACAAAGCCACCGUGACGCUGAGCUCGCAGGAGUUUGCGAAGAUUGUGCGGGACAUGACGGUCUUUGGUGAGACAGUGACGAUUGAGAUUGGGCGGGAGGGCGUGAAGUUCAGCUCCGCCGGCGAUGUUGGGGAGGGCUACGCCUUUCUGCGGUCGGUGGGGGUCCCGGGCGGCCAGGCGGGCCGGGGGAAGGCCGAAGUGAAGGCGGAGGAGGACGAGGACGGCGCCGGCGGGCGGGGAAAGACAGAAGCGAAGGCCGUCGGCGUCGAGGUGCGCAUGGACGAGCCCAUCACACUCUCCUUCGCACUCCGCUUUAUGAACAUCUUUGCAAAGGGAGCCACACUCAGUGAUCGCGUCUCACUCAACUUUGCAAAGGGCAGUCCAUGCAUGGUGGAGUUCAGCAUCGAUCAGGUCGGGUAUCUGCGCUACUACCUCGCUCCAAAGGUAGACGAUGAGGAGUAG